AUGAACGUUUCAAGAUGCAGGCAGUACUGGUGGUCAAUCUUACUUCACAUACAAAAUUUCGUUAAUCCACUAAACUUGUGCCUUGGAGUAACGUGUCGCGCAGAUGAUAUGGGCGAUUACUUCGUGUAUUAUUACGUAAACAGUUUGACGCGAGCCUCGCCCUUCUUCGUAGGAAUGAUUUUUGGAUACUUAUUACACUUAUGGAGAGGAACGGAGAUAAAAAUUACAAAGGCCUUAGUAACGUUGUAUUGGUGCGGUACGGGCCUUAUCCUUGGCUCCUUGAUAUAUUUCAUGUAUAUAAAUAUCCAACUCGAUUGGGACAAUCAGAUUGCUGACAAUCUUAUCAAUUCAUUUAUGCGCUCCUUAUGGGCUGUUAGCCUGGGCUGGAUAAUCUUUGCAUGUGUCAAAGGAUAUGGAGGGCCAAUCAAUUGGUUUUUGUCACUACAAAUGUGGAAGCUGCCUGCGCGCCUAUCCUACGCCAUGUAUAUUAUUCACUUCUCGCUUAUGCUUGCCUAUUAUAACUCAGCUGUAGAACCAAUGUACUUCACUGUAGCAUCUGUAAUGUUCAACUUUUUCGCGUUCUUAUCCAUAGUGGUGAUAUUGGCUAUUGUUGUCACAGUAGUUAUCGACGCACCGUUUUCAACACUCUUCAAAGUUAUGUUAGGAACUGGUUCCAAGCAACCAACUAAAGUAGUUGAUAAGGAAAUUAGACCAGAAACUAUUGUACCAUUGGAUAUAAAAACUGGUUUACCAAUUUCGGCAUUCGAUACUGAGCAAAAUAAGCUAACAAAUGUUAGAUUU